AUGGGUUGGGUUUAUAAUUUGAAGACUCCCGAUCCUCACAGUCAUAUCCCGCAAGUGAUUGGCGUCUCACUCACUUUUUCCAUUGUUGCCUGUCUCGCCGUCAUACUUCGUUUCUACGUGCGAUUGCACACCAAGAGAACACCAUGGUUUGAUGACUACGCCGCAAUGUUCAGUGCGGUCUUGAGUGUGGCAUAUGCAGGAAUUUCCGUUGCCCAAACGCGAUGGGGACUCGGGCUUAAUUUCAAAUAUUUUCCUACCGAAAAUGUCGUUCCUUUCAGUCAUGUUCAAUAUGCAGGUGGACCGGUCUAUGUCCUAGCCCUGCUGGGUUUCAAAGUCGCUCUUUUGACCUCGUACCUUCGCAUCGGUGGCUUUGUGCAGGCAUACAAGAAUGUCAUCCUUGGCGUCAUCGUGUUAGUCGUGUGUAACCAAGUGAUCUUUACGUUUCUACUUUUGUUCGCUUGCAAUCCGGUUGCUAAACAGUGGGAUUUGUCUAUCCCUGGCACGUGUAUCAAUACCGUGAAAUCAUACUAUGGAUUGGCCGGUUCCAGUCUCGGCUUUGAUCUUAUUAUCAUCGCCCUUCCUCUCCCUGUAUUAUGGAAAUUGAAACUCCACCGAAAGCAAAAGAUUGCUCUCAUUAUCCUUUUCGCUCUCGGUUUCUUCGUGACCAUUAUCCAAAUCAUUCGUGUUUUCACCAUCAAGAAACUCCAAACCUACACUGACAGUGAACCAAUUGUCAUUUGGUCCGUCAUUGAAAUCAGUCUUGGUGUCAUCGUAACCUGCGUCCCAACCUACGGCCCCCUCUUCAAAGCCUUCUCCUCCAACCUCAAUUCAUACCGCAAAAACCGCUACGGCCAAAGCUACGGCCAAAGCUAUCGCCUCGAAACAAGCGGCAAACGCAAUACCACCGCUCCCUCUACCCGCAAGAGAAACACCAGCCAACUCAACUCCCAAGACCUCGCAUACGAUCUCGAAGACGUCGGCGACCGUCCAUACGAUAAGACAAACCAUACCACUACCAUCAUGUCCAUGGCGCAGCGGAGUGAUAACGAACCUGCGAACGGGGACACCGCGUCCGAGGAACACAUCCUGCCGGAAACCGUGGAAAGGUCGGAUAUGGGAACUGAUCCGUUUGCGAUUCACACCAAGACCGAGGUUACGAUUGAGAGACAUGGUGUUUAG